AUGAGCAAUUGCAUCUUCUCCUUAAAGGGGGGGAAUAUCAUACAUCCCUCUCGCUCCACCCUUCUCCACCAUCAAAAUCGAAUCCUCUACUGGAACAGCAUCACAACCACUAUAAACAUCCUGCACAUGUGCUGUUCCACAUUCCGUCUGUGCUACAUAAUAGACUAUCCAAACCCGUUACGCCUGCACAACAUAGAUUUUGUGAUGCUAUGUCUCCAUUUAAUAUCCUUGCUAGAUGUUGCUACGUGUUUCAACACUGGGUUUCCGCAAGACAGUCUUACUAACGUUGUGUUGGAAAGGAGACAGAUAGCUUGUCGCUACCUCCGCUUUUGGUUCUGGAUCGACUUUGUGUCAUCUGUUCCCAUGUCGUUCAUGAUGCUGAUGAGCGGACAGCAAAACUAUAGAUGGCACUUGUUGGCGCACUUGCUUCCCCUACUGAGGAUAUUGCGGCUGCGAUCCACUAUCAAUAAUUUCCACGCCACUCUUAAGGCAUACAUGCAACAAAAGCAGUUUCCAAGACCACUAAAGAAUCGCGUUAAAACUUUUUAUAAAUAUAAAUAUCAAAAAGCAUAUUACAAAGAAGAAGCCGUGUUGGACUGUCUAUCAGAUCAAUUACGACACGAAAUUGUAAUGCACACAUGCAACAAAUUCAUUCAAAAAGUAAAGCUCUUGAAGGGCCUACCUGCUAACAUGAUGGGAGAACUCAUGAGCUACCUCAAACCAGAACAAUAUUUAGCUAACGACUUGAUCGUUCGUGCCGGCGAUAUCGGAGAUUGUGUAUAUUUUAUUGCGUAUGGGACUGUUGCUGUUUAUACCUUGAAAGGAGCAGAGGUAGCCCACCUGGAAGAUGGGGACCAUUUUGGAACAGUUGCAUUACUGAUGAAGGAUUCUAAAAGAAUAGCAACAGUGGUUGCUGUUGAGAUCACCCACCUUUAUCGUUUGGAUACCAUACACUUUCGAGAGAGAGUGGAAACAUUAGCAUCCAAGAGAAUGCAUGAGACAGUAGUUUUGGAUGAAGAAUUUCGAAGGAAACAGGAAAGGGUUUUUAGUGAAAGUACCUAA